CAGCGAGAGUCUCUUAUCACCUGUCGGCAGUUCAGAUCGACAGACAGACCAAGGAAGGAUACCAUCAGGGUGCUCUGUUGUGUUACAAGCUAUAUACAACACCCUGGAUCUCAUACAGUCGAUGUGGAUUAACGUAUGAGUGAAAUAUACAUGAUAUUUACAUGAGUGCUAUAUACACGGAUACCACAUAUUGAUAGAACAUUGACAGUUGUAUAUAUCACCCCGGAUAACUACCGAUAUCGACAUGGUUCUACAAGGAGUCAUAGAGCGGGGUCGACGAAGGAGGAGGGAUCGAAGUGCCGUUCCGUUUAUCACAAAAUAUAUUCUGUUUUUCUGGAACUUUGCCUGCGAGCUUGUCGGGAUAGGAAUGGGAGCCGUUGGCGCCUACAUCCUGGUUACCAAACACAAACUGGUGACGGACGCCAUUGACUUCUUCCUCGACCCCUCCUGCGUCCUGUGUCUGGUGGGGUCAGUGAUGACCUUCAUCGCUUUCUUCGGCUGCAUGGGCUCGCUCCGAGAAAACACAGUGUUCCUUAAAAUUUUCCACUACUUCCUGAGUCUGCUGCUGCUGGGGCAGGUGGCUCUGGCCGUCAUCACCUUCAUCUUCUACUACGCCCCGGAUGUACGGGACAAGAUGGGGUUGUUCCCCGAGCAGGACUUCAAGGACGCCAUCAUCAAAUACAGAGACGAUCCCGACAUGCAGAACCUCAUCGACAACUUCCAGAAACUGUUGGGAUGUUGCGGCGUCAGUAACGACCAGGAAGGCUUUAAGGACUGGAACGCUAACCCCUACUUCAACUGCACCGCCAACAACCCCAGCGCGGAGAGGUGUUCUGUACCGCCGUCCUGCUGUAUAAUUAAGCCGGAAGAGAUUAUAAAUCUUCUGUGUGGUGGCGGGGUACAGACGAUAGAGGAUGGUGUAUUAGCAGUCGGGGACACCAGUAAGAUCUACACAGACGGGUGUUUGUACUCGCUGGGCUCGUGGAUCAACCAACACUCACUCAUCAUUGGAGGGGUCAUGCUCGGUGUUCUCUUACCACAGAUUUUCCUCAUAUGCAUGGCUCGGAGUGUGGCGGACGGCGUUAAAACUCAGAAGAGGAAAUGGGAACGUCACUGAGGAUGUAUGGUCACGUGAUCUACCAGAGGCCGCUGGAAACGGCACAAAAAGGGCAUGCGUUUACCUGUGUGCCCUCAACAGGUGUAACUGGUCCUUACCUGUGAUUACUUCAUUUGUCCAUUGUCUGUGUCUCAAAAAAAUCCACAAAAAAACCAACAACAAUGGCAUCUGAUUGAUGCCUGUUUGUGUCCCUUUAUAUGUGUGUCUGACGACACAUGUCUGUGUCAAUGUGUCUGAUGACGAAUGAAUCAUCUGAGAUGAAAUGGCUCAACCGAAUUUGAAAUUGUGAUUUUCAUAUACACCAACCAUCGUCUCACCCCUGUGUUUUCUAAUGGAAUGAUCCAGCACCCGUGUGUGAUCGUGAUUCAGAAGGAGCUUUUCUUCAAUCAUCAUCUGUCUCGUUUAUAUCAAAUACGGAUAUCAAACACGAGAUACGCAACAGCUUCUGGGUCCAUCCGAAGUCUGACACUGAGCAUCGGAAACACCCGCGCAACGACGAAUGAUCAACACGUGUUUUAUGCAACUGCAAGUACUUAAGAAGCUCUGUCUCCGCUUCACAGAAUACAUACUGGUGUGCCUCGUACCCGUCAUGCAAUUACAGUUUGUGGCCACAUGACAGUAUUAUGAUAUAGAAUUAUGUGUGUCCAAGAAUAUAUUGUACGGAAGGGUACGUAUAGUAUUACCAAUGCUUUAAAGCUAUGAAAUAACAAGUAUGGAGAAGAUGUGUGAUUAAAUUGAUUGCACUGUGAACAGUUCAUACAUUUAUGUGAACAGUUCAUACAUUUAUGUGAACAGUUCAUACAUGUAUGUUCCUUCACAUGCAUAUGACAUACAGGCAAUACAAACAGGUGCUUCUGUAAUCUAAACUCCUUUUAACUCGAACUCAUGGAUAUAUGAAUAUAACGACUCCUUCUCAGGUCGAUCAUACUGUCACUAUAGGAGCGGUACUGUUACUUAAGCUCUAUUUAGACUUAAACGUUUUCGGUUUAUCAAGGUAUUAUAUAUUAUUGUCGUUUUUAUUUGCUUUACGCACACAAAACAUGUCUCAUUUCGUAAGCGCUAAACUACCUAAAGCAGCCUGAACGCGUAUCCAGAUUUUAUGGCGCUUCUACAAAUUCUUGUCUUGUAAUGUUUGUAAUUGUAACGAGGACGGCUGCCGUUAUUCGAAUGUAAUCCUGAUGUAACGAACAAUCGACUUCAAUGAAACAACUAAUAUUGUGUAGAUCUCAUGUCCCUGGAACUGGAAGUAUAUAUCGUUCUGAUGGUUUACAAACCGCAUUAAAAUCGGAUAUUUUACUCAGAUACGAACGAAAGAUUUCUGAUAUUAAUGAGCCUGUGUUUCACGAGCCUCGGUUAAAACGAUCUUUUUUUAGGGUGAUUGCUUUUUCGUAAUAUACGGGGCGGGCAAUUUGACAAAAACACAAAGUGUUUAUAUUAAAGAGAGGAAGAUGCAAUAGCGUUUAAAAUGUAUUUACUACUAAAAGGGGGUUAAGGAUCACUCGAUUCUUUCUUAUUGCCAGAGCAUAGGGGCUUGUAACGCUAAAAACUGCCACCAAGGUAUAUACUGUCACUGACGGGGCCUUAGUACUAUCUUUUUAUAUAAUACUAAGUCCCCGUCAGUGACAGUAUAUACCUUGGUGGCAGUUUUUAGCGUUACAAGCCCCUGUGUGCCAGAGUUAAUAUGUCAUACCACUACAGGUUUCGUUUGAUUUAAAACUGAUCAGAUCGGGUGAUCCCAACUUUUAGAAAUACUUUUGUCUUUCAGUUAUCACAUUGUAAAGGCUUCACGUGUGUUCAUAGUCGAAGCCCAAAAGAAAAUUUCGCAUAUACAGUGAACCCUCCGUAAUCCAGACUCUUCAUUACAGUGGACGUUCAAGUGUAUCAGUAUCAUAACCCGGUAACCAGUAUAUGCUAUAUCGUCAAUUUCAACUUCUGUAUUAUGUCGAUGUUGUUUUGUUUCAUUUCAUUUACACAUAUAGCUCUCUGCUUGCUAUGUGAAGCCGAUUUCUGGUGUCCCCGCCGUGAUAUUGCUGGAAUAUUGCUAAAAGCGGUGUAAACCUAAACUGUAAAACAUUUACACAUAUAGCUCUCUGCUUGCUAUGUGAAGCCCAUUUCUGGUGUCCCCGCCGUGAUAUUGCUGGAAUAUUGCUAAAAGCGGUGUAAAACUAAAUUGUAAAACAUUUACACAUAUAGCUCUCUACUUGCUAUGUGAAGCCCAUUUCUGGUGUCCCCGCCGUGAUAUUGCUGGAAUAUUGCUAAAAGCGGUGUAAAACUAAACUGUAAAACAUUUACACAUAUAGCUCUCUGCUUGCUAUGUGAAGCCCAUUUCUGGUGUCCCCGCCGUGAUAUUGCUGGAAUAUUGCUAAAAGCGGUGUAAAACUAAACUCACUCACUCUCUGCUGGCUAGCUUUCAUUUGUUUCAUGAAGGAGUAACAUAAUAUUCUGAAUCGUCAUAUGUUCCCCAUAAUACAGAUGCUGUAUCCAUAAAGGUUCCCUGUAAUGUGUAUCACUUCUCGGUGCCAUUCAAAGAUUGUUAAUGUCUGUAUUGUGUUUCCACCGUCCGUCUUACAUGACUAAAUCUGGUCAAAGUCAUCCGAUUUGUCGAUGUCGUUCGUACACAGGACGUAUACCCACAAUCCUUACAUUGGAUGCAUGGAUUAAUGUUAGCAAAAUGUAAGGAUAAAAAGACUGAGCGACAGGUUGUGUUUAUCAAGGUUAAGGUUGAUGUGAUAAGCGCUGUGCUGCUUACCAGUUUAUGAUCCAUCCUCGUUUGUGCAGUGCGAUAUAUUUUUAUAUCUUAUCACUUAGCUGUUCAAUCAAAAUACUCGCAUCAGCAAGUUUGUGUCAUGUAAUUCGAUGAUAAUGGAGUACAACAUAUAACAUACCAGUUUUAAGAUGACAAAAUAUCUUAAAUGUUUCAGAAUAUAAACACUACGCCUUGUGAAUUAAUGGUUUCUCCUUCACGGUGACCAAGAGGAAAGGAGAAGAUUUAUUCACAUGAACAUGCGUAAAAUUGUCGUUAAUCAAUAACAGUUUCAUUUCAAGAAUCAUUCCAUUGUUUACAUUUUCAAUCAAAAUAUAUAUAUGGUAAUAUAUUUUAUUUUUCUAAUCAAGCUCAUGUUAUUCAUUAUCACAAACACAUGGUCUGGUUUCCGACGUAAUGGAAUUAUGCAAAUGAUGUAGACGAUAUGAUUCAUCCCUGACAUUUUGACGCCAUAUUUCAAAAUGCCAAUAAUUUGUUAUAAUGUUUUACGAAUAAACUUUUUAAUGAA